CCCGGGUGCGGAUCCCAGCGCCCGCGGCCGAGGUGCAGCGGCCGUGCGCCCGGCUUGCCGCCUGCUGUUGCAGCGGGGCUCGGCUUUGCGCCUUUAAGGAGGGGGAGCGGAGGGCGAGGCGGGCGAGGCGGGCGCGCACAGCGAGCGGCAGGUGCGGGCCCCGCAGCUCCAGCCGCAGCUCCAAGGCAGACCCCGCUGUGCUUUCGGUGGAGCUUCUGGACACGGGAUGGAGUGAAGCAGCGAGUGGCUCUCCUUGGGGGGGCGGGAGGGGGCCAGGCGGCGCGCAGGAGAGAGGACGACAGGAGUGAGAGAGAGAGAAAGAGAGAGAGAGAGAGAGAAGGCGCAGCGGCAGCCGCGGCCAGCGCCUGCGAAUUUGGGAUCCGACUGGGAGGGACCGCUUCCUCGGGGGAAAUGGAUUCUGUACCACGGCUGACCAGCGUUCUCACUUUGCUGCUCUCCGGCUUGUGGCAUGUAGGAUUCACGGCGACAAAUUACAAUUGUGAUGACCCAUUAGCAUCCCUGCUCUCUCCAAUGGCUUUUUCCAGUUCUUCAGACCUCGCUGGUACUCACAGCCCAGCUCAACUCAACCGAAGAGUUGGAACUGGUGGUUGGUCCCCAGCAGAUUCCAAUGCUCAACAGUGGCUCCAGAUGGACCUGGGAAACAGAGUGGAGAUUACAGCAGUGGCCACGCAGGGCAGAUAUGGAAGCUCUGACUGGGUGACGAGUUACAGCCUGAUGUUCAGUGACACAGGACGCAACUGGAAACAGUACAAGCAAGAAGACAGCAUCUGGACCUUUGCAGGAAACAUGAAUGCUGACAGCGUGAUGCACCAUAAGUUACUGCACUCAGUGAGAGCCCGCUUCAUUCGCUUCGUGCCCCUGGAAUGGAAUCCAAGUGGAAAGAUUGGCAUGAGGGUGGAGGUCUACGGAUGCUCCUAUAAGUCAGAUGUCGCUGACUUUGAUGGCCGAAGCUCCCUUCUGUACAGGUUCAAUCAGAAGCUGAUGAGCACUCUCAAAGAUGUGAUCUCUCUGAAAUUCAAGAGCAUGCAAGGAGAUGGGGUCCUGUUCCAUGGAGAAGGUCAACGUGGAGACCACAUCACUCUGGAGCUCCAGAAGGGGAGGCUCGCCCUACACCUCAACUUGGAUGACAGCAAACCUCGGCUCAGUAGCAGCCCACCCUCGGCCACCCUGGGCAGUCUGCUGGAUGACCAGCACUGGCACUCAGUCCUUAUUGAGCGGGUUGGCAAGCAGGUGAACUUCACAGUGGACAAGCACACACAGCAUUUCCGCACCAAGGGUGAGGCCGAUGCCCUAGACAUCGACUAUGAGCUUAGUUUUGGAGGAAUUCCAGUACCAGGAAAACCUGGAACCUUUUUAAAGAAAAACUUCCACGGAUGUAUUGAAAACCUUUACUACAACGGAGUAAACAUAAUUGACCUGGCUAAAAGACGAAAGCAUCAGAUCUACACGGUGGGCAAUGUCACUUUUUCCUGCUCCGAACCACAAAUUGUUCCCAUCACAUUUGUCAACUCCAGCAGCAGUUAUUUGCUGCUGCCCGGCACCCCCCAAAUUGAUGGGCUCUCAGUGAGUUUCCAGUUUCGAACAUGGAACAAGGAUGGUCUGCUUCUGUCCACAGAGCUGUCUGAGGGCUCGGGGACCCUGCUGCUGAGCCUGGAGGGUGGAACCGUGAGACUCGUGAUUCAGAAAAUGACAGAACGCACAGCUGAGAUCCUCACAGGCAGCAGCUUGAAUGAUGGCUUGUGGCAUUCAGUCAGCAUCACCGCCAGAAGGGACCGCAUCACUCUUACUCUGGAUAAUGAUGCAGCAUCCCCGGCCCAGGACACCACUCGCGUACAGAUUUAUUCUGGAAAUAGCUACUACUUUGGAGGGUGCCCUGACAAUCUCACCGAUUCCCAAUGUUUAAAUCCCAUUAAGGCUUUCCAAGGCUGCAUGAGGCUCAUCUUUAUUGAUAACCAGUCCAAGGACCUCAUUUCAGUUCAGCAAGGUUCCCUGGGGAAUUUUAGUGAUUUACACAUUGAUCUGUGUAGCAUCAAAGACAGGUGUUUGCCAAACUACUGUGAACAUGGAGGAGGCUGCUCCCAGUCCUGGACUAGCUUCUCCUGUAACUGCAGUAACACGGGUUACAGUGGCGCCACCUGCCAUAACUCCCUCUACGAGCAAUCCUGCGAGGUGUACAGGCACCAAGGGAACACGGCUGGUUUCUUCUACAUCGAUUCUGAUGGCAGCGGGCCGCUGGGACCCCUCCAAGUGUACUGCAACAUCACAGAGGACAAGAUUUGGACAUCAGUGCAGCACAACAACACAGAGCUGACCCGGGUGCGGGGUGCCGACCCAGAGAAGCCCUACACCAUGGCCUUGGAUUAUGGCAGCAGCAUGGAACAGCUGGAAGCCAUGAUUGAUGGCUCGGAGCACUGUGAGCAGGAGGUAGCCUACCACUGCAGAAGGUCCCGCCUGCUCAACACGCCAGAUGGAACACCAUUUACCUGGUGGAUUGGGCGGUCUAAUGAAAGGCACCCUUACUGGGGAGGUGCCCCUCCUGGGGUCCAGCAGUGUGAAUGUGGCCUGGAUGAGAGUUGCCUGGACAUUCGACACUUCUGCAAUUGCGAUGCUGACAAGGAUGAAUGGACAAAUGAUACUGGCUUUCUUUCCUUCAAAGACCACUUGCCUGUCACUCAGAUAGUUAUCACUGAUACCAACAGAUCAAACUCAGAAGCUGCUUGGAGAAUUGGUCCCUUGCGUUGCUAUGGUGACCGGCACUUCUGGAAUGCGGUAUCAUUUUACACAGAAGCCUCUUACCUCCACUUUCCCACCUUCCAUGCGGAGUUCAGUGCUGAUAUUUCCUUCUUUUUCAAAACCACGGCUUUAUCGGGAGUUUUCCUAGAAAACCUUGGCAUUAAAGACUUCAUCCGACUUGAAAUAAGCUCUCCGUCUGAGAUCACUUUUGCCAUUGAUGUUGGGAAUGGCCCUGUAGAGCUCAUAGUUCACUCUCCUUCUCUUCUGAAUGACAACCAAUGGCAUUAUGUCCGGGCUGAAAGGAACCUCAAGGAGACUUCACUCCAGGUGGACAGCCUCCCAAGGAUGACCAGGGAGACUUCGGAGGAGGGCCACUUCCGAUUGCAGCUGAACAGCCAGCUCUUUGUAGGGGGAACAUCAUCAAGACAGAAAGGCUUCCUAGGAUGCAUACGCUCAUUACACUUGAAUGGGCAGAAGUUGGACCUGGAGGAGAGGGCCAAGGUCACGUCUGGAGUCCGGCCGGGAUGCCCGGGCCAUUGUAGUACUUAUGGUAGCAUCUGCCACAACGGGGGCAAGUGCGUGGAGAAGUACAGUGGGUACUCGUGUGAUUGCACCAAUUCACCAUAUGAAGGGCCCUUUUGCAAAAAAGAGGUUUCUGCUGUUUUUGAGGCUGGCACUUCAGUUACUUAUAUGUUUCAAGAACCCUACCCGGUGACCAAAAAUACAAGCCUCUCAUCCUCGGCGAUUUACACAGAUGCGGCUCCAUCCAAGGAAAAUAUUGCAUUUAGCUUUGUGACAGCUCAGGCGCCCAGCCUCUUGCUGUACAUCAAUUCAUCUUCUCAGGAUUCCCUGGCCGUCCUGCUCUGCAGGAAUGGACGAAGAAAAUGCCCACGGCCAUGUCGUACAAAAUGGCCCCCGUUUCAGUACUGUGAGUUAAGAAGCCAGGGAGUGGAGACAGGUGGAUAAACUGUGUAAAUACUGAACAAAAUCCUUGGCUUGCAAAUCUAUUUAAUAUGGGUGUUCGGGCCAGAGGAGAGAAGAGCAGUGGGACUCCAAGUCAUGCUUCUGAGUCUCCCUCUGGCGGGGGUUUGGUUGGCACGUUUGGAAUCCUUCCUAUGCCCUUCAUCAUUUUUCUUGAAGUUUCGCCAACCAGAGACUUAUUCAGGUUAAGCCGCUGCUGUCUUUUCAAAUGAAAACAUGUCCUUUUUCCUAAAGGAAGAAAAGAAUUUUCAUUUCUUGGAUGGAAGAUUAGAGAAAGAAAAGGAGGCAUUUGGGUUUAGGGAGACCUUAGGAGAGUGAGGUUGUUUGUGGUCUGAUGGGCUGGAGCUUUGGGCAGAAGGCCACUUCUCAGAGAAAUGGCAGCUGGGAGAGAAGGGGCAGAUGAAGGAGGAAAGGGUCCAGAGAAGGUAAUGGGAGUGUACAUUUCAAUUCCACAGCAUUUCACUGAAGGAUGGCUGUACCUCCUGCACAGUUCUAUGGAGUUCUUCAAACUUGUCAUUUGAUAAAUAUUCACAGAGCAUCUAUCAGGGAGCAGGCACUAUUUUAUGUACAGGAGAGACAGAUUCAGACAGGAUCCUGUUCUGCCUUCCAGGAUCUAGUCUGGGGACAGAGGCACAACAAACAAGGAAAACAAUGUGCCACAGAUGUGGGGUAGAGUCUGUUCCAGAUAGAAUGAGGGAAGGAGGGUAACAAAAGGCUUCUUGGAGAUAGUGAGCCUUGAGUUGGGCCAUGAAAGAGAAGUGUUUUCUAGGCAGACAUUAGAUCAUUGUUUAAUAAAAUGAGAGGUUUCUUUGACUGUUUCUCAUUGUCUCCAUUUUAUUUCCAUUGCAUGUGAAACAUAUAUAUAUAUAUAUAUAUAUAUAUAUAUAUAUAUAUAUGUUUUUCCCCCAAUCAUUUCCCCUUUCUACUCUUUCAUUGCGUGUCCUUCUUGGCCCCUUGAUAGUAAAAAUAAAAAAAUCAAAUUGAGAAUAUGUGCUAAGUCUAAGGCCAUCAAUCUAUGGUGAAAUCAUUUGAGUACAACAUCCAAACAGGGCCCCAGGUCACCUUCCCCUGGUGGCUGUUCUGCUGCCCUCCGGCACCAAACGGUUUGCCUGACUUUGCCUCAGCAUUUUCUUUUUAUCAACUUUUUUUUUUUUAACAUAUACAUUCAUAAGGAUUCACUGUCUGCAUUUGUGAUUGCACACACCUUGGAGGGAAUAAUGAUGAACCCAGACACUUUACAUUUUGAACAGAGUGACUCAAGGGAGACAGGGAUAAGGAGGAAUCCAGAGAGGGAGCGUCUUCAAAGUACAGACUUCAACAGCUGCUGGCCAGGGCUGGCUUGACCCUAGACUACUCUCAGCUUCUCACUGCUUUCUUGUGGAAGACUUUCAAAGUUUAGUUCUGCCUCCUAACACUCCCUUUGUGACACCAGCAUAUACCUGAGUACCUCAGAGUAGCAGGAGCCCCAAUAAACAGCCUGAGAAAAGCAUACCUCCAAAAGCAUGACCGUGACCACUUCAGUCUCUGGCUUAUGUUAAGCAACACUUUGCUGCUUUUGAACUUCAAAUUCCCAAAAGUCUUUUGAUAUCUGCAGGACUGUUUUGGUUGGUGCAUUUUCAUCAUUUCUGGGCUUUCCAAUAAUCUCUUGCUGGGAGGACAUACCAGCCAGGUCCUGCUGGGCAGCUCUCCUCCAUUUCAGACUAAUGUGGUUAUGCCACACCAUGACCUUGAGAGGGCAGUCAAGAAUCCCUCCUCCUCGUGUCCUCUUAGAGGAAAGUCAAAGAUAUGGGCAGGCACAAAUGGCAUCUCUAGUAUCAGACAGUUAAUCCACUGACCAAGGUGGGGGUCUGAGAGAAGAAAUAGAGGUAUGAUGAAUAAAACUGGAUCUAGGUCAUCUUUCUUAUUUUUCUUCUCUCCCUUGUUGUGGAUUUCUCUCUCUCCCUCUUUUUUAAAUGUUUAUUAAUUAUUUUGAGAGUGAGAUAGUAUGCAAGCAGGGGAGACGGACAGACAGGGAAAGAAUCUCAAUCAGGUUCCAUGCUCAGCAUGGAGCCUGAUGAGGGCUUGAUCCCGUGACCUGAACCAAAAUCAAGAGUCGGGGGCUUAGCUGACUGAGCCACCCAGGCAGCCCAAUGUUGUAGAUUUCUUAUUUUGUGGUAUGCUCAUCAGUCCAUGAAGAUUGUGUCCUUCAGAGCGCCUGGGUGGCUCAGUGGGUUAAGUGUCUGACUUCAGCUCAGGUCACGAUCUCAUGACUCAUGCGUUUGAGCCCUACAUUGGGCUCUGUGCUGACAGCUCAGAGCCUGGAGCCUGCUUUGGAUUCUGUGUCUCCCUCUCUCUCUUCCCCUCUCCCACUCAUGCUCUGUCUCUCUCUUUCAAAAAUAAACAUUAAAAAAAUUAGAAAAAAAAAAAGAUUGUGUCCUUCUAAAAUCCAUAUGUUGAAGCCCCAAUUCCUUGUAUUUUGAGUGAGAAGGAAGUUAAGGUUAAUUUAGGUUAGAAGGGGAGAGCCCCAAUCCGCUAUGGCUAGUGUCCUUAAAAGACGAGGCAGCAGAGUUUUCUGUCUGUCUCUGUCUCUCUCUGCCAUGUGAGGACACAGUGAGAAGGUGGCCAUCUGCAAACCAGGAGGAAAGUCUUCACCAGCGACUAAACUGGCUGUCACCUUGAUCUUGCUGCCAUCCAGAACUGUGAGAAAAUACAUUCCUGCUGGUUGGUCUACCUGGUCUACAGUAUUUUGUUAUAGCAGUUCGAUCAGGCUAAGACAAAGAUCAAAUGAGAAAAUGUAAGAAGAUGUGCUUCAUGGACUGUAAAGUACAAAACACAUUGUAUUUUCUUAUUGAUAAUCAUAAUAUGAAUUAUUUGCGUGCUUGGGUGGGCAGAACAUGAAUGUUGAAGGUGGGAUUCGGGAUAACAGAGAUUAAAAUUUCAUCCGAAAAGGACAUGAAAAUCGCCCAUUGCUUAGAGGCAGAGCAUCUAAUGGUGGAGCAGGGUGACAUUACCCUGAGGAAGGAGAAAGAUGAGGCAGAGGGUCCCCAGCCUGCACCUUAGCUGCUGUCAUUAGGUACAGGCAUUUGCUUUCGAUAUACACAAGUAUGAAAACAAAAAAUUAAAAAAAGAAAACUUUAAGAAUGGCUUUCUCAGAUGCCCUCUGAACUAGACCUUUGCAGAACUUGUCUGAUGUUUCUGAAAUAAAGAUAAACAGACAGGCAGACAGACAUAAAAUAACCGAAAAGCAGGACAUAUUCACAGGACUCACUGUAUGACCAGGCCCAGCAAGAUACAACUGAGGGACAUAGUCAAACUCUUGGAAACUCCCACCUCACACCCUGGCUGUGGAGCUGGCUGGACGGCAAGUGCCAGCAUCGAGGAAGCCAAAACAAGAAGAACAGAGCUACUGAGUCAAUGCUCUAAGCCCCUGCAUGAAGAGCAAUAAUCAAAGACUAGUAUGGAAUUCAGGGUAACCAAAAAUACAAAAUGCAAUUAACUCUGCAAACAUUUAUUUAAUACCUCCUCCAUUUAUCUGCCAGGGCUGCCACAACAAAAUACCACAGACUGCGUGGUUUAAUCUACAGAAAUUUAUUUUCUCACAGUUGUGAAGACUGGAAGUCUGAGAUCAAUGCACCAGCCGGGUUGGUGUCUGGCGAGAGCUGCCUCAUUGAGUUGUAGGUGGCUCCUUUCUUACUGUGAGUUCACAUGGCCUUUCCUUAGUAUUAUGUGCCUGAGAGAGAAAGGGAGUGUGCUCUGAAAAGGACACUCAUCCUAUUGGAUCAAAGUCCCACCGUUAGAAGCUCAUUUAACUGCAAUGACAUUCCUACAGGCUCUCUUUCCAAAUACAGUCCCACUGGGGAUUAGGGCUUCAACUAUGGAAUUGAGGGGGACACAUACAUUCAGUUCACAACAGCUCCCAUGUGCUAAAUGCUGUCCAAGGUGCUCAUAAUAGAAGAACAAAUAUGGUGUCAUUGAAUCGGGGAGAUUCUCAACAUUGGGUUCCAGGUACAAUUCAUCUUUGUAAGGUCAGCAUCCAGCAGAGUACUCAGCAAAGAGUUGGCCUUGGAUUGAAUUAUGUCUUGCAAGUGUCGGGGACGUCCCCCAGAGUCCAUGUGAUAACAGUGGGGCUAUUGGGGGACAGAGGACACUUCUUCUCAGUCCAUCAUGAUCCAAGUAAAUAUGGGCAUGAAUAUAAAUUAUUAGCAUGCUUAAUUCUGUUCUUCCUGAGAUUCCAUUCUGUCACCUGUGACAUACUUCUGAGAGGCAGGGUUGUUUGGACAUUGGGGCUCUGGGGAGCUGGCAUUCUUUUAUUUUAUUUUCUGCGGCCCUUUGAGAUCUCUGUACUUUCCCAGUUUAAAAACCUUUUUAGAAAUUUCCCAAGAAUUGAGCAACUGUUUAUUUUUUUCCAGCAAGGCUGGUUGCUUACGACUGUACUAUGAGAAUCCAGAGAAUUAUUGUCUGGUCUUGUGCUUCAUUGUUUGUAAAAAGAGAAAAGGCGUGCGCUUGGUGCCUUAGUUUCUUCAUCUGUAAAUUUGGGAUAAUUGCAUUGGUCAAGGGUUGCACAGCAGUGUUGUUGAGGAUUAAUAAAAUCCUGUAGUAAAAGGUUUGAAGGAACUCAGAUUAAAGAUCUGGGGAUAAAUACAAAGAAGGGUUAUUAUAAGACAGAGCAAAGCACUGGCUGGUGAUUGAGCCACCUUGAUUUUUUUAAAGCCAGGGCUGGAGAGACCAGGGAACUGGAUGGUUAGCUUUUGGACUAGAACUCUAAUUAGGGGCUUAAGGAUUAAGAAAGUAGUUGAAGUCUGUGUGAAGAAAGCUUUUCUCAGAGAAAAGACAUGUUUUUAUUCUUCUUAGAGCACUUUAUCUGUAAAUACUUACAUCUUGAGAUGUGAAACAGUCAGCAGAAAGCCCAAGCUCUGGGUUUAUUCAGUUCUCUGUGCAGUUAAUUACCUUUUGUGAAGCAAGUAGGCCUUGGAUUAUCAUUAUUUCUCUUCAUUCAGAGUUAUUGGAGAUGUGUUUCCACUUUAAUAAGUAACUUAUCCUCUCAAAGUUUAGAAAUGAGGGUCCUGGAAAUCCAAUCCCCUAUUAUAAAGCUGCGCUGGAGACAUGGUGAGCAGGGUUUCAGCCUUAUGAGGAGUCCAGUCAAUUUCUAACACCACCCAUUGGAGACCUUCCAUGAUCUCCCGGCCCAAAAGCAACUGAUAGCAGCUAAUUCUUGCCAAGUGCUUAAUGUGUGCCAAGAUGUAGUUUUAGUGAUUUUAGUCUUACGAUUAGUUCAUUUAAUCCGUUUCACAAUGGCUGUGGAGUUAGUACUAACAUUUCCCAUUUUACAGAUGAAGAAACUUAGGCACGGAAACAUUAAGUAACUUGUCCGAGAAGACACAGCAUUGAACCAGUGAGGCUGAAAAUCAAACCCCGCUGGUCUCUUUUUAGCCUGUGAACUGUUCCGCUCUGUUCUGUGACCUCUCAUUGUUCUGGGCACGACUCAAAAUGGAACCUGCUGUUUUCUCUCUGGUGUUUGCUUUCACUUUUGUGGAGGGAGCGUGCUGUGUCAGGAAUGCCAUAUUCACUCCCUGUGGUGCUUCCAAAACUCUGUUUAAAUGAUGGGCCAGACAGAAAGGAUGGCACAGUUGAGACGGAGGACAGCCCCGUGGGAUAUUUGGAAAUACACUGCUGGUGGAAGGGGUGCCAGAUAGCUCCUUCUGUUUGGCAAAUUGUACUUUGAUGCACCUGACUUCCACAGGACUCUCUAGUGGAAACAAACAAACAAACAAACAAACAAAUAAACCAGCAUUCUUUAUUGAUGCCAAAUUCUGUGAUGCGAGUUGCCCUGUACAGCUAGAGCUCCUGUAGUAAGACCAGCCACCUAAAUUUGACAGUCAUAGUCAUGUGACAUAAAGAGCACAUGGGUAAGUGUGUGUUUCUCGGAAUAAGUGAUCUUAAUGUAAUGAAUAGGGCUCAACAGAAUUUUUCUGGUUGAGGAAAAUCCCGUAUAAUAAAUGCAUGCUUUUAUGUAAACAUGAGGAUAGAUGCACAAGUUUAUUGUUGUUCUCUUCUUAGACUCCUCUACAAUUACAUAAGCAAAUUUAAAAAUUAAAAAAAAAAAGAUAGGAACUUAAAAAGACAAAGAGAACAGAAUAGAGCUCAGGAUGGGUAAGAGAUAUGAAUACAUUUUUAAAAGCUGAACAGCAAUGGAGGAGGAAAGCUGGCUUGGUCCAGGUCACUACGAAGGCAUGGUAAUGGGAAGGGGUCAUGGGACAGGCUGAGGCCUGGCCGUUCUGCACACCAUGGAUUCUGGCAUGAGGAGUGAAGUCAGGAGAAAAUGAGAAGUUUUUGCAGGGAACUGUUGACCUUAAAUCCAGUUUCCUUAUCUGGGAAGAUAAGUUCCUUGGGAAGACCAGACAUUUGGUAGCAUAUAGAAAUUGAACAAGAGUUUCUAAAGCUGAGGGUGAGAUCAAGAGACAGGGUUAAAGAGAGAAAUGACAUGGCAUUUUGUACACUUGGGGCCUCAUUUGUCCCUUUUUCCAAGAGCUCUUACAGUGAAGCCUUUCUCUCUUCAUGCAGGAUAUGAGAGGGUUUCCCUACCGAGGAACUGAACGGACCCAUGAAAAAUAUAUGUGAUGGGGCACUUGAGUGGCUCUGUUGAUUAAACAUCUGAAUCUUGAUUUGGGCUUAGGUCAUGAUAUAAUGAUUCAUGGCUUUGAACCCCACAUUGGGCUUUGUGCUGACAGCAUGCGGAGCUUGCUUGGGAUUUUCUCUCUGUCUCUCUCUGUCCCUCUCCCUACUCACACAUGUUCUCUCUCUCUCUCUCUCUCUCUCUCUCUCUCUCUCUCAUAAUAAAUAAAUAAAACUAAUAAAAUAAAAAUAUGUGGAUAACUAGAAUUUAGGGAUGUCCUCAUUGAAAGGAAUGAUUUACCGAUAUGGUUACUUAUCAGAGAAUCCCACCUGUUGACACACUCAGCCCAUGCACAUGGAAUCUUCAAUCCAGUAUGCAGUUCUGAGUCACAAUUGUGAACAGAUGACCAUGACUUACCACAACCAUCAGACAUUUCCAUAAAACCUCCAAGAUGAAAGAGAAAGAUCAGGUAAAUAAACACAGAUAAGUGGAGAAAACAGGGAUAAUGCAAGAGGGGGAAGAAGCAUUCAAAAUCUAGUAUUUCAGAGAGAUAGGAGAAUAUAUAAAUCCAUGAAACAAGAAUAUGAUGCUUUAAAAUGAAACUGUAAAACAAUAAGAAAGAACUCUCGGAAAUGUAGCAAAUUGUGAACAUUCUAGAAAUUGGAAGAUAACAUUUGAGAAAUCUCCCAGAGAGUUGGACAAAAAUACAGAAAUGUGGACAAUAUGAAGACAAAAGAGGAAAUUAGAGAGCAAAACAUAAUGUUCACUACGUAAAAGGAAUUACAGAAAGGGAGAAUAGAGGAGGAGAGAACAUUAGCAAAGAUGUAGUGAAAAAUACUUUAUAGAAUGAAAGAAAUCGGCUGUAAAAAUUUGCUUUCCUCUCCAGCCCAGAAGACACACACCAAAGCAAAGGCAACCCUAACUUUGCUAAAGACAGGAUCAGACUUGAGCUAGCAAAGAAUCUCUUAACAAAACCACUGGAAGUUUGAAGAUGUUGGAAAAGCAUCUUCACAAGCCUAAGGGAAAAUGGUGUUCAAACUGGAAUGCUAUACUUAGUCAAAUUAUUAGUCAUGUGUGAGGGAGCAAUGCAAACAAUUUUAUACAUAAAAGAGAAGAGGUAUUCCAAGUCAUUGUUUAAGACUCCCUAAACACCUUAAGAUACGGGGCACCUGGGUAGCUCAGUCAGUUAAGUGUCCGACUUCAGCUCGGGCCAUCAUCUCAUGGUCUGUGAGUUCGAGCCCCUCAUCGGGCUCUGUGCUGACAGCUCAGAGCCUGGAGCCUGCUUCAGAUUCUGUCAUCCUCUCUCUCUCUGCCCCUCCCCUGCUCACACUCUGUCUCUCUCUCCUUCAAAAAUAAAUAUACAUUAAAAAAAUGCUACUUGAUAUGCAUGUAUUAGUUAUCUAAGGCUGUAUAAAUAAAACACCCCCAAAUUUAACACUUUAUAACAGCAAAAAUGUACCCCUUUAUACAGUUCUGUGAGAGGUCAAGGAAUCUGGAAUUGGCUUAGUUGGAUGUUCCUGGCUCAUGGUCUCUCAUGAGGUCACACCCCUUGGCCUGCAGUAGUCCAAAGGGACUGGAUAAUCUGCUUCCUAGCUCCGUCUUGUCACUGUUGACAGGGGCUUUCAGUUAUUUGUUCUUGACUUUUCCAUAGGGCUUCACAGACAGCAUGUCAGUCAAGAGAAAGUGAUAAGGGAUGGCAAGAAGUUGAGAAAAAGAGAUAAAGACAGAGAGAAAAGGAGAGAGAAAUACAUAAAAGAGAGAGUACCUAAGACAGAGAAUGGACUCUUUUCAGAACCUGAAUUCAGCAGGGACCCCUGCUGAUGAUGUGAGAGGAGGUCACAUGAAGGUGUGACGACUAGGAGGCAGGAACCCAUGGGACCAUGAUAGAGGCUUCCUGCUACAAUGUACUUCACCCAAAGAAAGACAUAUUUAAAAAAGAAUGGUAUGGGCUCCAGGAAACGUCACCCACCACAGAACAAGCAAGGUAAUUUCAGGAUAAGAAAUAUGCAGAAAUCCUGGUGACCAGUUAGUCUAGACCCAUGGUUCUCAACUGGGCAUAUUUGCAUCCCCCCAGGGGACAUUUGGUGAUAUCUGGAGACAUUCUUAGUUGUCAAGAUGAGAAGUGCUACUGGUAUGUAGUGGAUAGAAGUGAAGGAUGCUGCUAAAUAUUUUAAAGACCUAGGACAGCCUCCCUUCCCCCUGUCGCCCCCCCCCCCAUCACUGGACACAAAGAAUUAUCUGGACCAGAAUAUCCGUACCUUUGAGGCUGAGAAAACCUGGUCUUGAAUAAGGUAUACUGACAGAGGGCUUUUGGAGAGUGGCUCUUAGAGAAAAUACACAAGUGAAAGAUACCAGCAAAGGGUGAUACUGACAUCAGACACAAAGAUGUGGACUUUGAAAACCAACCUAAGCAAAAUUGUAAAUUAUCCAAAAUUGGAGCCAUAUGUGACUGGGUCCAAGAAAGGUAAUUCCUCAUCUGUCAUUGUGGGAAGGCAACAUAUAAUAUUUAAAUUAAUAAAUCAAAAAAUAGCAAUAUAUUUAAUAAAAUAAAGUUGAAAUAAAAUAACAAAAAACCAAUAGAACUAAAAGUCACUACACAGGAGGAGGAGGGCCCAGAGUAGGAAAGUGUGGGCCAGGAGUUGCUGUCUCUUGUUAAGUCUUUCUAUACUAUUUGACUUUUAAAAAGUAUUAUUUUCAUAAACAGUAAUUAAAUGCAUGAAUAAAUCCAUUGCUUGAAUGUUUUGUUAAUAAAAAACUAGUUCUCCCCCCUCUAGUAAAUACAUAUAAGCACAUAUAAAUAUGUAAAGGAUAUUGGUUGAAGGCUCCUUAGAUGAUUAUCUACACAGUUGAGUCCAUGCCCCAUUUCCAUGUUUUCAAUUAGUGAAUUAAGUCCUAUAAUGAGUGUAUGGAAGAAUAAAUGAGUGACAUAAUUUAAUUGGAAAUAUUCAGUAUAACAAAUGGUUUUACUUUUCUUAACAGUUAAGCACACUUUAUUGAAAUGGCCCAUGCCAAGACCACUAAGAGGCGGCCUCAUCACCAGAUCUCUUUCAGGCCUUACCUUCUGUGGGUUUGCUACAACAUGUUAUGGUGUUGGCUACCUCUUCUCAGCCUUCUGUGUGGAUGCUGCAUCCUCAACCUGCCCUUUACAUGUUGGCUUUCCUGUGGCAGUUCCAGCUUUUUCUUGGAUGAAGGAUACACUUGCACUGAGAUGUCAUCCAUUUUCAUGACUUUAGGGAUUAUGUAGAUCUUCUCGGCUUUACGAAAAUUGUCCCAGCUGCUUGAGGAGGGCAUCUUUAAUUGGCUAUCCCGUAGACACCGGAAGCUCCACAUUAACCUCACCUCCCAACACACAUGCAAUACACACAGACACAUACCGCACACAUAUAGACACUUACGCACACACACACAGACAUGUGUACACACAUACACACACGCACACACAUAGAGACACGCACAUGCCUGCAUGUACAUACACAUGCACACAGGUAGAUCUUCCCUUGCGUGAGUCUUCCCUUUCUCAAAGAAGUGCUCUGUAUUCACCCAACCAGAGACAUGCUUCACCCAUGACUUCCUCUUUCCUACCCCGCUUACCCCCCUGCAUCAAUCACCAAGCUUUACUCAACCUUCUUGCAUCGCAUUGCAUUUACUUCCCUGGUCUCUUAUAUCUGUCAACUUUGUACGCUCACACUAUGGUCAUCUAAGCUCUGGCCACCCUAAUCUCAGAAUCAAAUUACUGCAACAGUAUCCAAAUACUUCUCCCAGCCUCCAUGCCUUUGUCCAUUGAAUUCCUUCUCUAUUCUGACCAGGCUGAUCCUUUUUAAAAUUCAAAUAUAUUCAUGUCACUCAUUUCUGAUCUCUCCGACUGCCCUUGGGCUAAGUUCCAAACUCUGUUCAACCCUAGGUCUUGCUUUCCUGUGAAGUUCUAAUUCUUCUUAUUCUCACACCCCACUGUCCCCUUUCCCCAUAUUGAAUUAUGUCCCCAUGGUUGAAUGCAUCACGCUGUUUCACCUCUGGGUCUUUAUACAUCUUGUACCUUUACUUGAAUCAUUCUUUCCUUCCCCAUCUUCUCCUCUUUGUUGGCAAAUUCUCAUUUCUUCGAGGCUAAGUGUAAUGUCACUUCUGGGAAGCAUUCUGGUUCCCUCCCAAAGACUAUGUUAAGUACCCUUCUAAUGGGUUUCUGCAGGAGUCUGUUAACAGAAACUGUCACAGUCUCUGUUAACUUGUUGGAUCCACAGCUAUCACAGUCAUUCAAGGACUCAGCACAGGCCUAGCACCAUUUGGGGGCCGCUACAUACUUUGCCACUAUAGAUAGGAUUUUCCGUGUGAAAUCUUGAGAGCUUUUAAUGAAAACAGGGCACAUUUUUUUUCAAGCAAAAGAGCCUUUUUAGAGGCAUAUUCUAAUGGUUCAUCUUCAAAAGAGUUCACUGUCAUAUCUUUAUGGUGCACUAAAGUGCAGCUAAGAAUCAAGGAGAAUAAAUUAAAUUGGAUAACGACUUUACUUAAAAGCAUGAAGCUAAAAUGAGCGAAAAACCUUAAGAAAUAGCAGAUAAUAAAAAUGGAUUUCUCUUAGCCUCUUAUCUCUAAUUUUGAUAUGUAUUUUUCUUCUCAAGGUAUACGAAGGGGCCAAGGAAAGGUAUCGUAAAAGAGAGACAAUUUGAAACAGAUAAAAUACUGCAUUUAAAAACCGUAGAUGAAAAACCAGGACCAAGUCAUCAGCUCCAUAAUGGUACUGCUGCUGUCGGAUUUUGAUUGUUUGUGUCGCCAUCCUUAGGUGGGGCCCCUAAAAGACAAACGAGAUUAAAGAUGAAAUGCCUGAUGGUUCAAAGAAAUGAAAGCGCGACAAUAAAAAUCAAAGACACAGCACACGUAAAUCCCCUUUGAAGGUCCCGAUUUCCAGCUCUCUGUAGCAAUAACUAAGUAAGCCUGGGUGUCCUGGACCAUAGGCCACCGACAUUUGUCAAGCUUUCCAAUAAAUUGGCAAUGAAAGACUAAAUCCGUGCAAGGUGGGAGAUGAAUUAGCACACAGCCAAAGUACUGGAGAAAUAAGCACUGGGUUCGUAGCUGAAAUAUUUUUUGAUAAAGUAAUAAUCCCCCAUAAUCUCUCUCUAGCUUUAAAUAACAGCCGGUCUUUGUGCCGGCAGUUUAAUUUUGUUGGCUGCCCUUGUCUUACAAAUAUAUUUAGUGGAGUCUGGAAUAUCAUUCUGUGCUGAAAGCUGGAGCCUUUGUCAUGCUGAAGCUGGGCAAAGGCAAUAAAUCAAGGACAAAAGUGAAAAGGAAUAGAAACGGGGUAUCAGAAACUUAUUCCCCCAGAACGGGCGAGCUUUCUUCUCGUGCGAGCAGGUGAAUUGCAUCAGUUAUGUCUUCCUGUUAAGUGCCUGUGUUGUAAUGAUAUUGACUUAUAUCUGCAUUGCACCCUGGUUGGCAUUGCUCCAAAGUACUUAAGAUGCAUCUGUGGGAAAUACACGCUGAAAAUAGCAUCUUGAAAACAUACAACCCCCGUUUUCUUUUCUUCUUUUCCUCCUCUAAGAUCAUUCUUCCCAGGAAAUGCCCCGAGAUGGCCAACCUUAGCUGUUUCCACUCGUUUUCUCAUUUGUGUCUGACCAAUUAAUAAAUGGCUUUUUAAAGGUAAGGGACGGACCACUGUAGAUUGAAAAUGAUUGAACCACGACUAAUGUGCUUCAUGAUUUGCAUUUGCCACAUUUGGUUAUUGUUGAAAAUGGAUUACGGAGAAAUAAUGUUGAGUUGUUUAUAGGAUUUUUCUUUUACCUGAAGCAACACAAAGGAAUAGAAGUCGCUGUGUGAGAAAGCCAGAGAUCUGGGUUCUUAUAUUAGUUUUCAGUUCUAUUUCCAAGUUAGUGGCUCAGAAGAGCACACAUUUCUUAUCCCACUAUUUCCUUGGGCCAGGAGUGCAGCACAGUGUAUCUGGUCUUCUGCUCAGAGUCUCGUAGGUGGGCUGUGGUCUUACCAGGUUCUCCACCAGGGAAAGAACUGCUUCAAGCUUCCUCAGGCUGUUGGCAGAGCUCAGUUCCUUGAGGUUUUAGGAUGAAGAUCCCAGUUUCUUGCUGGCUGUUCACUGCACCUUGCUCUCAGCUCCUAAAGGCACUGACAGGUCCUGGCCACAUGGAACUCUCUAUAGCCCUUCAUAGCUUACUUCUGCAAGCCAGUAGGGGAACACCAACAGUUACAUAAAUGGAUGUAUCGCAACAUAGAACCCCAGAAAAGAUAUCUCAUCACCUUUGCCAGCUAUUUGCUAAAAGCAAAUCACGGGUCCUCACCUACACUCAAGGGUUGGACAUGUGGCCCAUCUUGGGGUCUGCCUACCACAUUUCUAGUCUUUUGGGGGGGGCAUUAAAAACUAGGUACUUUUAUAUAUUCACUCAAAGCAAUAAGAAAGAAUGACAAGUGUGCAUCAAACACAACUGGUGAAUCUCAC